AUGGCCGUCACAAUGUGGCAGGGUGCUCUCAAGAUUAUUGCUCAAGAAAGUGGUCUGGAGCCAGGAGAAAUCAUCGAGACGGAGGACACUGAGUUCACGGCGCUCGGCAUCAAUCGUAUUCUCGCCACAGCUAUUCUCUCGCACCUGAGAGGUCCACGGGGAGAAGCUCUCCCACAUGAUAUAUUUGAUCAGAAGCCCACGGUUGGCGCUUUCCGCCGCUUCUACGAAUCGCCAAUCGUACUCAAUGUUACCCCUGGUCAUGGUGUCGGUCACACGCCAUCAACUCGGGCCAAACAGAGUCGAGCGGCAUCCUCCAUUCCACUUUCCAUUGUUUUGCAAAAUACUAUUGCAUCGAGCUGUCACACCGUAUUCCUCCUCCCGGACGGAAGUGGUUCGGCCAUGGCAUACGCCAACUUACCGCCGGUCCACCCAUCUGUCUGCGUGGUCGGCAUGAACAGUCCCUACCUUCGCAACACCGGCGCAUACCGCUGUUCCCUUGAAGAGCUGGCCUCGCAAUGGGUCAGCGAAAUUUACCGUCGUCAGCCGCACGGCCCUUAUAUCCUCGGCGGCUGGUCUGCCGGGGGUUACUACUCGUACGAAGUUGCCAAACGUCUCCUUCGAGACGGAAAUGUGGUUGAAAAGUUGAUACUCAUCGACUCUCCAUGUCGGACCGUCUUUGAGUCUCUGUCAAUGGAAGUGGUCCAGUACCUCUCUUCCAGAAACCUGAUGGGGAAUUGGGGAACCCAGAGCCCACCGGACUGGUUGAUCGAGCAUUUUCGCUCAACCUUGACUGCUGUCGGCAACUACCGACCGCUACCCCUUGGCUCGGCUGGUGGGAUGGAAACGUAUAUCAUUUGGAGUCGGGAUGGUGUGCUGGAUGAUAAGACGCUCGCAAACUCCGGCAUGGAUACCACAGUCAAAGUAUCCCGCUUCUUGCUGCAGGGGAAGGACGAUCUUGGACCAAACGGGUGGGAACAUUUGCUACCGACGAAGAACAUGGCCAUUGCCACCCAGUCGGGAACACACUUUACCAUGGUCAAUGAUCCCCAUGUGGCACAGAUGAGCGAGUUGCUGCGUGAUGCAGUCGUUGGGGUAUCCCAUGAGCGACGCUCGCGGUGGCAGUACGUAGACAGAAAUUGA